AUAGUCAACGUGACGCGUUGUUCCCUGUUUUUCGUGAAUGAACAGUGUCUCGUUUUAUCCGUUUGUUACGCGGUCUUAAACAAGUGACAGUCACAUCGGGGAAUAAGCGAAGAUUGUCAACGACGCAACACUAAGGUACUAAUGAUUUUAUUAUACCAAAGUGUUGAACAGCUGAUUAGAUUGAAAGCACUAUAUCAGGAUGGAUUGACAAGUAAUGGUCUUAUAUAAAAUAAUAGUAUAAAAUAAUAUCAAACGUUGCAAAAACAUAUUGCAGGAAAUAGAAUUAUGUUAAAAAGUGAUUUCUUUUCUUAGAGUGUCGAAUAAGUUUCAUUCACAUAUCAUCAUUCUAACUGAUUUCAACUUCUUCUGGUAUUUGAAAUGCAAAUAAGAUUCAAAGUUGCAUAAUCACGUGUGGUUAAACUCGGUUCAGUUUUUAGUUUCUCUACUGAAGCAUAGAGUAAGAUGUAUAGAAAAGAAGGCGCAUAUCGAUUAAACGCUGAAAUCAUAUACGAUCGACUGUGGUUCGAUCAUGGUGGUCACAAUAGAAAUACUUGCUGCACCUGUAUAUCGAUUGUGUGCAUUGUGGAAACUUUAGUGAACAAAUGUACACGGACAAACGAUUAUGUCAACCGUUUGUAGAAUUGGCUCGAAACACGCAAAGAUCCGUUUUGAUUUCGAACAGAAUCGAACAGACCAAUUUGAAAGUUCACUGAACGAUUUGCUAACAAUCGAGCAAACUGGUUCAACGCGAUGCAAAUACAGUCACGUGAGUGCAGCGACCUGUAUUCCUUGAUUCUGAUGCGUUCCCUUAAAUGUGUGCGCUUUAAAUUUGUACGCACAGAAGAUUCUUUUAAGUUUCUUCCAUUAACGAUCACAGGAUAUCGACAUUCUUUAUGUUUGACUGACUAUCCAGGCCAGUCCGAUUGUUCUUACUUACGGAAGAUGGGUUAUGAAACACACGUGGUCACCCGUGACACCACUUCGAAAGAACACCUUUGUUUUCGUUCUAUCUGAUAGACUAAAAAGACUUUCCUCUUCUCGAUCGAUUCAUAUCACUUGAUUCCUUUUGUUACUGCGAUGAUCGUGAAUUUUGGAAAAAUUUACGACUUUUAUGAUAAUACAGACACUUUAAGUUACAAAGGUCGCAGGUUGCAAACUUGAAAUUGAUCAGCAACAAUUUUCAAAAUUUCAGAAUUGAAAAAUGAAUACUCAGAAUCUUUUGCUGAAACCCAUAGAUACUUAAUAAUCUAGAAUCUACUCUGUCGCUUGAAGUUAAUACAAACCUUUCAUCGAGUCGCGUAGCCUCGGGCGACGGUAAUUAUUACGGGUAAGAUUGUCCUAGCGGUCUUUAGCUUAGCUUACGGUACGAAGCAUUAAUUUUGUCGUCUACGACCGUGACGUGUAACCAGCAAAUACGUACACGUGCGUUUCGUGAUUUACGCAAAAAAACACCAUAAUGUCUAAGGAGAUUUCAACAUCUAAUACACACGCUCACGAUGGAAAUGACACUUGUUAUGCUUUACAAAUCUUGUAGAUGAAAUAAUUGUUGCAGAAAAUGGGGAACAGGUGUUCGAGGUCUUAGACCAAGGUUCAAAUGCGCGAUGAUUAAAUCACUGGGGGUUGGAGGCCUCCUCUUGACCAGCUGGUUUCUGGUAUUGUUUUCUAUCGGUACCAGUGGCCAGCUUAGUUCGGAGUACGGUUGCCCUGCUCAGGAAAGGAUUCUACCUUGCAGAUGUUCCACUCGUGAUAUGGAGAUUCAAAUAUGGCAAGUGACCAAAAAUCAUGAAGAAAUUGAAAGAGCAAAUCAUUCAUUUGAUGUUUCUCCUGCUAGGUGUAGUCAUAGCGAGUUACCGAAAGUCCUCGAAGGACUAAAGGCAGUGAGCCAUUACUUGGAUCGACCGGUGGACGAGUUGAUCUUGGAAAACAAUAAUCUACCUAGUCUACCUGGCAAAGUUUUCGCUACUUUGCGCGUUCUCCGUUUAAUGCUCCGGAAUAAUCGUCUGGAAAGAGUGUCAUCCGGAUGGUUAGAAGGCCUCCACGAUUCCCUAUUGGAAUUGUUCAUCGUCGAACCUGAUUUACGUUCCCUGCCGAUAGACAGUCUGGAAAAUUUGCAAGGCCUCGAGGCGGUUACCUUGCAGAGUAGAGUGAUGAAGAAACUUCCCAAGUUCUCUGGACUCCCAAAACUUCGUUACCUGCAGAUCAAUUCUCCAGCUUUAUUAGAAUUGACACCAAGCAAUUUUCGAGAUUUGCCCAAUUUGGAACAGCUCCACGUGUUCGGUAGUCCUCGUCUGAUACGUUUAGAGGCGGGUCUCUUCCGUUCUCUGCCGCGGCUGGAACUAGUUAACGUGACCGAUUGCGGUGUGCAUUGGGUUCAUCCACGGACGUUCAUAGAUCUACCAGAACUGAAAGAAAUUUCUUUAGCUGGAAAUUCGAUAGUGGACGCUGGAAUGAUCGGACGAGCUUGCGUGGACUUGCCUAUGCUUUCGGUGAUUCGGCUAGAUCGAAAUCGUAUCAAUCGUCUGAACGAAGAAGCCUUCGUAGAUCUACCUGUUCUUUCUCGCCUGUAUUUGUCGAGGAAUCAUAUUACCGAGGUGUUCGCUGGGGCGUUUCAAAGAAUGCCAGCCUUGAAGACCCUGGAUCUUAAUCACAAUCUAAUACAUCGCGUGCAUCCGGAAUUUUUCCCGCGCAGACCUGGAAACAGCCUAGAGGAGAUGUGGUUGAUCGACAACGACCUGAGUCACGUGGCUGAGCUGAGAUCGAUCAUGGAAGCUUUGCCUAGGUUGAAAUUUCUUGACGUUAGUUACAAUCAAAUCGAGACGAUACCAUUCGGAGCGUUGAGGGGUCAUCUUACUUUGGAGAGGCUUCACCUUGAUCACAAUAGAAUAGCAUUUCUGCAGAGGGAGACCUUCACCGCGAUGCCCGCUCUUAGGGAACUCAGAUUGAAGAAUAAUUCUUUGUCGAACUUAUUGGAGGCACCGUUCUGGAACUUGCCAGCGUUGAAAGGGCUGGAUCUUUCAGAAAACUACUUACGCCGCGUGGAGCCUCGUCUGUUAGCGAAUCUGCCGAGUUUGAGACGCUUAGAUCUGAGCGGAAACGCGAUUGGUCUCGUACAACCUGAGUCGUUUCUGGCUACACCAGCUCUGGAACACGUGAACAUCUCUGGAAAUGCACUUUCCGUUCUUCAUCCUCUAACUUUUCAUCAUUUGAACAACCUGUACGAGUUGGACGUUGGUUGGAACCGAAUGAUCGAGAUAGUUCCUGGCCUUCCAAGAAACAUAGAACAUUUGCAUAUGCCUAUGAAUCGUAUCAUUGUUCUACCAGAUAUCUCCUCUCAAGAUCUCGAUCUGCCUGUUCUGAGAUCGUUGGAUCUCAGCGCAAACGGGAUCGAGAGGAUACCACCAGGUAGCCUGGCUGAUUUACCAAAUUUGAGGAAGCUAAACGUUGGCUUUAACUCUCUACGAAUUCUGGAGGAUGGAGCAUUCGAUGGAUUGUCCAGACUGGAACAACUGGACCUGAAGUAUAAUCGAUUGGUGACUAUACACGGAAGAAGCUUCAAACCGCUCAGAUCGUUGAUGGACUUGAGUCUGCGAGGUAAUCGAUUGGAGGUUCUGAGACCCGAUAUAUUCCAGGAAAAUAUUCGAUUACAAAGAGUGGAUCUAAGCAGAAAUAAUCUUGCUCAGAUACCUCAUGCAACCUUUUCCAGCACCAGGGACCUUCGUGAACUGUACGCGUCGCACAACACUUUGACCGAGUUACCCGGAUCGUUGCACGGCUUAACAGCUCUUCAGGUACUCGACUUGAGCUUCAACAAGCUGAACAUCCUGUCGCCGGAAACACUGAGCAGCUUGUCGGCCUUGCUCGAGCUAAAACUCGUCAGAAAUCGUAUCCGUGAGUUACGCGAGGGUGCAUUCAAUGGUUUACCGCGAUUAACACUGAUCGAUCUGGAAAACAAUGACCUGGUAAUCAUCGAGAGGAAUGCUAUCAAAGCUUUGCCGGAGCUGCAAGCCAUCAGACUAGGAAAGAAUCGAUUGCAGAUAAUUCCUAGUGGAGCUUUCACCGAGUUGCCGUUACUUCAAAGUGCAGAACUUCAGGAAAAUCAGAUCCAGGAAAUUUCGAACAACGCGUUCAUUAACGUGCCGCACCUUCUCUUCCUUAAUCUGAGUCAUAACCACUUGCCAGCGUUGGAUUACGUGGGCCUGGAGAAUCUGCGUUCUUUGGAGGUCCUUGAUUUGAGCAACAACCAGUUGUCCAGAGUGUCCAGCAAUAGUCUUGCGUCGAUGGAGUGGUUAGUUGAAUUGAAAAUGGACAACAAUCGGAUUUGUACCAUUCAAGGUUCGCCUUUCGAUCAAAUGCCGAGACUUCGAGUUCUUAGCUUGAGAAGCAAUCGAAUGGCUUCCGUCUCGGAAACGGCGUUUAAAAGAUUGCGAUCGAAUAUUGCUGUCUUGGAUAUCGAUGGAAAUCCACUUUCAUGCUCGUGUGGAAUGUUGUGGUUGCGAGGAUGGUUGCAGCAAGCAUCUUCCGAGGGACCAAGAUGUGCCGAUGGAUCUUUGUUCAAAGAAAUUCGACUGUCGCGUCAGGACUGCCAACGAGAACGACAAAUUGACCCGAUUCACCCUGGUUGUGAAACUGAAAUGAUCGAUUCUGCGCCCUACCCUGUUUCCUCCUCCAUAUUUGGAGCAACGGAAAUGGUACCGCUUCGCAUGAACAUAAAAGAACCAUCUGCACAAAAUCCUCCUAACUCUCAAGAUUUUGAUUAUCUCGACGAAUAUCCUGACGAAGUAGCAAAUAUAUCAACUACUACUCAAACCGCGAUCUCUAUACCAACGGAAAGCGUGAAAGUGAUUCAAACAACGGAACAAGUUCAAUCGCAAAUAAACAAUACUAUUCCGACGAAGAAGAAUCCUUCGAUGCCUCCUUCUCCCAGCAGUUCGGGUUUCACGUUUUUCGGCGUACCUUUACCUAAUUUGAAUUUCAAUCUUUGGGGAAAUUCAGGAAGAAAAUCGGAGAGAAAAAAUUCCUCCGAAAGACCCGGGAGAGGACGUUACAGAACGUUCCCACCCACGGAACCAGAAAUCCACAGGGGUGGCUUUAUUCCUCUACCUCGAGGACAGGGUGGCUUUGUUCCCAUUCCUGAUCCAAGAUUAACUCACGAACGACAGGUUAAAAACGAAAGUUUGAGGCUUCAGAAUUCAAGUAUCGCGCAAGAAGAACGGAAACGAUGGAAAAGCGGAAAUGGUACAGUAGUAAAGGUUGAAAGGACUCAUUCUAAAACGAGCAAACCCAAGGUAGAAUUUAAAGAAAGGGAAGAACUGUCCACGGUAGCAACUGAUCAUCUUGACUCUCGGUGGCAAAUGUUUGGAAGCAAAAAAAGCAGUUCUUCUGUUACAAAUACAACGAAAACAUCGGAUUCGAGCACUGCCGCGGAUGAAUCACCUCAAGAGGCGAACGAGACAUCGGCGUCUUUGGAGAUUCACGAUGACGAGCAUUUGGAGGUGAAUCAGAAAUCGAAUAAACUCGACGAGAAAUCGCAAGAGGUCGCAAGUAGAAUAGUAUGGACCAGUCCAAGAACGAUGGUAGAAACUACGAAAGGCGAUACGAUUAUAGAAACAUCGACGAACGUGUUGAAAAACGAGAAAAACGCAUUCUGGGAUUCUGAAGUAGUCGAAGUUCAAGAAACUUCCACGAUAAAUCUUCGAAACGAAUCAAUGGUUGAUUCGAGCGUGGUUACGACAGAACGUUCGACUUUGCAUUCAACUUCUCUCGAAAAUAAGAAGAAAUCCUCUUCAACGUCUCAGUUUCAUCGGGAAACAGAAGCAUCGGCUCUUUCGGCGUUUUUGGUACCAGGGGGUCAAGUACCUUCUACUGUACCAAAUUUGCGUCCAUUAGGUAGACCAACGAUCACGAAAGUCCCUUCGCCACGCAUCGGUCUCUCUGCUGAAGAGGAGAAACAGAAAUCCGUGGCUGAAGCUGUUCAACGAAACGUGAAAAACGAAGAGGUCUUCAACAAAGACGGAUCUUCGAAUGAAAAUGCUGCGGUCAUCGAAGACAGUUCGUUCAAUUGGUACUUUCAGCAUUACAAUGACACCAAUUUAGAACCCUUCGUGGGUAUAGCUUACAGCGAAGGUGCGAAGACAAGUGCGCGCCGAUGGACUUUAUUAGGUCAAAUGUGUUUUACAUUGUAUCUCGUUAUAUAAAAGAAACAACAUGGAUGAUUAAGUGUUUUUAACAAUUAAUUUAUUAAAUAAGUAAUACUUGAAUCCUUCUUAAUUUAUGAAAAAAAUAUCGAUUAACUUUUUAUAAAGCAGAGAAAUUAAAGAAUUCUAUAAGUACUUCGAGGAAGAUGAAUCGAGUGAUGUCUACUGGUUCGAAUAAUUUUGAAUUUAAGGUAGAAAUAGGUAUAAUUACGUGUAAUUUAGUUAACAGGAAGCGAAGAGGAAGAAAUAUCCCACCACCCGCGUUGCGUGUAAAAAUAAGGGGUCCUAGGUUAAGCCUUUUUUGAAUCUCCCUGGUUUUUCUGAUUCCCUUAACUCUCUCUAGAUUUUUCUUGAAUUUUCCUUAAAUUUUCUGAAGACCAAAACCAAGUGGUGGGAAACCCCUCCCCUUACCCUUAACCGAGAAAAGUCUGUCUUACACCCAAAUAUAUACGUUAGUUACAAACGAAUGCACAAUCCAUAGUGUGCAACUCGUUCACGCACUUUGUGUGGUCACGAAAAAUGAAC